ACUUAUUUUUUUCAAAGGUAACAUAUAUAAGGAUUUAGACUUUUUCGUGCGUGUACGUGCGUGUAGUCUUGCUUCUAUAAUUAUUGGCAGUAUGGUCCACGAAUUUCCUACUGUUUCGUAAUGGGAGGAAAUACGGGGAAAAUAUAUUCGGAACGAAAAAAUUCUCCGCGGACCGCAUGCACAGUUCAAAUUCCCAUCGAAAAAAAUCUUGCAUACGGAAAAUUUUUCUCUGAAAACUUUCCGUUUCGUUCCGAGGAAACUUUUCCGGUGUGUUAAUUAAGUGUGCUGAUGGACUAUAUAUGGUCAUGCAUGAGUCAUAGUUUGAACGAGGCACUUUGAACGAGGUUUGUCAGAAAGGUUCCAAGAUGAACACUCGAAUUAAUUAAUCACAUGCAACCCAAUAUUACAUUAUGCUGGUUGGCCCUUGACUCAGUGACGUGACGUCAUUUUGAGAAAGGUUUUCAGAACUUGAAAUCCUACCCUUAGGACGGUUCAACUCUUUGCAACUCUGGCAUGAGUACCCUCGUCCAAUCACAUCCGUAGUAAGUCAGAGCAUUAGAACGAUUAAUAACAUACCCAGGUAAUAUAAUACCCAGGUCCCAGGCUCUUAUAGACUGGACUUGGAAAAACAAAACAGUGAAUUAUUCGUGAAAUUUAAUGAAAACCCUAUGUUUUAAGCAAAGAAUACAUAUCCUUGGCCUAGGUACCGAACAUUAAUUCGGAUAGGAUACCGAACAUUAGUUGGAUAGCAGGAGCCGGUUGUAUAAAAAGGUAGUUAACUUUUAACUAUAGUUAGUGGCAGAAUUGGCCAAUCAGAAUCUGAUUGUGUUUUCUAGUUAACUGGGAUUUAACUACUCAAAAACUAGGAUUUAACUACUCAAAAUGUAGUUAAGAGUUUUAUUCAACCGGCCCCAGGAUAUUAACCCCUGGUUCAUUUUGAAUUAGGAUGAUCCGAAAUUGUGAUAUUGCAGUAUUGCGACAUAAUCUCUCGUAUUGAAUAUGCAUGAUUGUAAAAAUGGAUAACCAGAUUAGCGAUAAACCUGGGAAUAAAGUUUAGGAUAAUCCUAGUUCAAAGCAAUUUUAUUUGCUACCAAUCCCUUAAACUGACUUCAACCGUAAUGUUGUAAUUUCAACAGCACCAAUAUUAGUGCAACUUUUAAAUCUUAUUUACUUCAGCGCAUGUUGAUUAAUUUUUUCACUGGCGGUGUUUUGCAUGCCCACGUUGGUCAAUCCUAUUUUGAGAAUUUAAUCACAGCACAAAGCUCUAAUGGAUAAAACCAAUAAUAUACGCAUUUCAAACACAUAGCAAUAAACGAGGCAAUAAAUUUUAAGUAAUGUUAUUUGCUUAUUCUAUUAUAAAACAGAAAUCGGUCGUUACUGAUUUAUAUGCACUAAUAAAGCAUUUAAUGUUAUGCCUCUGUCGGACCUAUAGCGAGGACAACUGUUUUUAUAUAAUAGAACGAAUGCUGAAGCAUAUACCUAGUUUAUAAAUAAAGUUAGUUGACAUGCAGAUUCCUUCAACUGUGGUCUUAUAUCUUCUAUUAAUUUUCAUUAAAUGCCUGUGCCAUGACCUAAGCAAAGAAUUUCAUUACUUCAAACAAACCGGCCAACCGUUUCCAACCUAUAUGCGACAAGUUUGCUAAAAUUUCUCCGUCAUGAACGUACCAGGCAGGAGAGGGGGGUCAGAAUUUUUUUCGUGAUAAGUCGAGCAGGGCAUGUACACUCGAAAUUCAGCAUUUUUUAUGAAAUAAUUCAUGCGAACCCUGUAGGUAGGCCUAUAUAUGAUUUCGUUUUAUGCCAUAUCUAUAUAUGCAAUAAAGAAUUCUUUCUAUGGUUUUAUGUCGGUCAUUAUUUCAUAGCAUGCAUUCUAAUUUUUCAUCAUCCCCUUGGACAGGUGUCCUCUUUGAUCAGUUCAAAUUGUUUGUAUUGAACGUCAAGUGAAUAAACAUUACACAUACCGUGUGUCCGCUUGUUAGCUCUAAAUUAAAACUGAAAAAUGAAAAACUCUUCGAUGAAUACUUAAACAUUUCAUACGCAACACUUUGCGUAGUUUUUUUUUGCAAAGAAACAAAGAUAAUUCUUAUACAACUUAGCAAUGAAAUUUGUAUUAACCGAAAUAUCAGCUCCAAAAGUGUGUCUAUACUCGCCCAAAACGUAAUUGCAACUACCCGUUUCCAGGACUCUGGAAUUGGGUUAUCGUGCAAGAGACUAAAACACGCGUUGAUAAAGUCUGUGUGCAUGUGUGCAUGUCAUGGAACUGUUAUCUUUUUGGUCAUUUAAAGCAUCUAGGUUCAAGUGUAAAAAUCAUGUGCAUGCAAGUUUUUAUCGGUUAAUGCAUUAGAGAUACGGUGUUGCAUCUGUUGCAUGGGUGUAGCUAUAUAUGUAUCGUGGUUGUCAUGAUUAUAUCUUGAAAGAGAGCUCAUAAAUGAAAGAUAAUGUAUAUGAUCAUGAUGUAUAUAUUAAAAUAAAAAGAAUGUAUUAUCUUUUAGAUGAAUGUUGCUACAUUAGUUGGCUCUGGUUUAGGCGAUGAUUACAAGAAGUAGCUAUGCCUACAGUGUUAAAAAUAUGUAUGCUAUAUAUAUCUUAUCUAACGUAACUAUUAUACGAAAAUAUGCACAUGAUUCAUUGCUAUAUACAGACUAAUGUAACGUUCAAGCUACUUUCUCAUGAUUUUCCCCAAUCAAUUAUCUUAAAAAUAGUUUCAAGAUUCCUCCGAGCUUACUCAUUGUGACUAUCCAUUGAAGGUCAUUUGUAUAUUUUUAAAUUAUCAAUAUAACAUGCUAAGUUAUCGAAAUCGCUAAUCCAAAGUGAAAAUUAGUCCGGCUGCUUUCAUCGUGAAUUAGGAUGAAACGGCAUCUUUCAUAUAUGCACCUGUUAAUGAUAGAUAUCAGUUAAUAAGACAUGAUAUUGCCAAUGCUUUAAAGCGAAAUUAUAGUGCAUGCACGCAUGCAAUUGCUCGACAUUGGGGCCUAAAAUUUCUGUUUCAGUAUUAUGAAUAUUAUCCUUAUCCCCAAACGAAAACCAUGAGAUUAAAAUGGACGACUUGGUUUCCUGAGGAAGCAUUUUCUAUACCACCGAGAAUACAGUUAGAGUGAAGUUUCACUGGAACAAUCAGUUCAAUGAUAACUCAAACUGGGCCUCUUCAAGUCAGUUUGGGACUGAUAAUAAAGCUAUUCAGUAAUCGAUAUUUAAUUAAAUCGCCCCUGCGUGAAAUGUUUCUUUAAUUUUUCUUAAAUGAUAGUUCAAGAUCUCGUGUAGAAGCAAAUUAAUAUCUAACAGUUAACACAAACGGAUAUUUUUGCUUUCUCUGUGGGAGGAAGAUCUAUAAUCACCCGCCUUUGAAAUGAGAAUUAGUUAGUAAUUAUUACGUCAGUGGCAUUGUGCAAUUCAAAUUGCAUGCCAAACUGGGAGGAUUUAUAGACUGGAUUGUUGUACCAUCUAUAUUUGCCUGAAGUCUGGAAUCAAUUCCAGUUUGGACUAUAUAAGAAGACGCCUAAAACGUUGAUAUCCACUGUAUUCGCAAUGUGACCACUUUCGUUUUCGUCGUUUGAAUCAGCUCUACAUGAAUAGAGCUGAAUAGAGAGCAUCAUACAAGACAUCUUGAACAUGGUUGAUGAAUGUUUGUGGUUGUAUAAUCCACACCUGCAUUUUACUAGGUACCAGUUUUCUUCACUCCAGUCUUUCGUCUGUAUCAUACCAAACAAUACUCUGUCAACUCCCCCUUAAAGCAUCGUACUUCAGUCCAAUUAAUAACUGCUUAGCACGCAACUGCGGAUAUGACAGUAUUAAAGAUAGGGCAUCUGUUUUAUUCUUUUAUAGUUCAUCCUGUGGCAAGCAAGUGAAGAAUAUAACGUUUUUGAGAAUGAACAACACUACUGAACUGAACAUAACUGCAAACAAUGGCUCACUUCCUUUUCGACCACCGUGGCCCUGGCCCCAUUUUUCACAGCUGGGUUGGAUAUUGGGUGUUUUAGUUACCCAUUCUAUCCUCGCAGUGUUCAUCACUUUUAGCAACCUGAUAGUUCUCAUAGCGUUCUACAAGAACUCAAAGCUACGCACAACUACCAACCUCGUCAUUAUCUCUAUGGCGACAGCUGAUCUCUUAGUUGGCGCUGUAGUGAUACCAAUUUGGUUGUACAGUGGUGAAUUACAUUUUAUGAUUGGACCACCCUAUGAAAAAUGGCAACAGAAGAUGUUUCGGUCAUAUUUAAACAUUGAUCAAGCCUUGGGGCUUAAUUCUAUUUAUCAGUUGGUUCUUCUUCAUGGUUUAAGAUCGUAUUCUAUCGCGUUCCCAUUGAAACAUCGACAAAUGAAUAAAAGACCCGUCGUAAUUGCUUGUCUCCUGGUCUGGGCAAUCUGCAUCGCAUUUCCUCCUUCGGUUCGCGAGAUCGUUCGACCGUCCUGCCGCAACUGUUUUGUUUACAUCACUUUGAUCGCCAAUAUUGGUCUUCCUCUGGUUUUAAUGACUACGGCAAACAUAAUACUUUGGAGAAGCGUCACAAAAAGCUCUCAAGCGCGUCAAAAAAAGGACACAAAAAUCCUGGUGACAGUUGCCAUCUUAAUUGGGAUCCUCUGUGUAUGUUUUUUACCGUUUCUUAUUGUUAACGUCAUCGUCCAAGUGGAAAACCUGCCCAACUUCAAUUUCAAAGCAGUCAUGGCCCUAAAGUUUCUACACUUCUGUAACUCAGCCCUCAAUCCUCCAGUAUAUGCAUUACGUCAUCCUGAGAUCGCGCGCACAUUCAAGGCAAUGUUUUGCAAGGCCUCAACACGUGAUGUAGGAAUGAGUACUCGCGGAAGGAUGACGAACAACGCCACCACCUCUCAAUCAUUGUCGACGAUCUCAUGAUGGAAAUCCUAAAAAACGCACCUUAAAACUGAUCCCAGAAACUUAACUCUGAAGCAUUAGUGACCCUGAAAUUAAAGAAACAAAAUCUUAAGGUUUAUGCCUUUGUACAGUUUCCUUUGAAAACGAUAUAAUAAGCAGAAAAAAGCAGAACAUGUACAAUUCAUGUACUUUGCUAUAACGAGUUUUUGGGAGAUACGAUGCAGCCUCGCAGUAGAUUGUCCGCUAGUCUUUGACAAAACGUAGUAAUUUAUAAGGCUUACUUUUAAGACUUGGUUACUUUCUACAUCUUUCGAGUGUAAUCAUCAGGAUGCGCCUAUGACUUAAGAUUGAUUUAUGUACAUUCGUCAAUUAAUAUAUUAACUGUUUGUAGAAUAUUAGUUCAGUUUGGAACACGAGCGGCCGUGUGGUUAGCAUGAUGUAGAAGAAGUGUUUUAAAACCAUCUUAUGAAUGAAUUGGUAGCGUAGUUUUAAAGAAUAACAUUAUCGUUGUUGAGAAAAUAAAAGUUGAAGUUUAUUUAA